UUGGGUAUCCAGGGUAAAGCUUGCCACGGUCUUCAACAGGGUGACACUUAUGGGGCACCGUUGUAGUUAGAGUUGGACAUGACACAGUUGGGCAAGUAUUAUAAAGGAGUGGAAAAAACUGAACAUUGAAUAAGAAUAAAUCCAAAUGUUUGCUUGAAAUUUUCUUUUUUUGUUUAGCGUUAGACAAUUUGUGUAUGACAGUGGCUUUGAGUUAGGUCGUUUCCGCAAGGCCGUCCUGGAACCGAGACGUCCUAUUCAGACCGUUUCAGACAUGUCCCUGUUCUUUUGGAUGCAGCCAGGGCCAAUUCAGUCUACAUAUUGACCCUGUCCAACAGAGGGGUUUCCCCCAAAGCGAGACGUCUCAUUGGCACAAGUUCUCUCGUCGGGGCGGGGACAAUGAGCAGAUCUCCCGGUCUGGAUAACAAAUUAUAGGACGUUUCGAGUUUUUACAUUUCUUGAAACGAAACGAUAUCUGUUUUCCCUAGAAUUAACAAGUGAUACCGCAGGUGAAUUCGCGUACCCUAAUUCGCCGCGCUUGUGUGGACCGGACGGAAGCGAGGAUGACUUGAGUGCGUUUAGCGAGUGGCAGCUCACUUCACCACCAAAAUCUAGCCCUGCAACUAGCUAGCUAGCUAAUGGUAGCUAGGUUGUGCAGGCAAUAAUGAUGUGGCCUAUUUCACUACAUCAUCUUAGUGACUUCCUAGCUGUAUAUGUAACUAAAAGGUGGAUUAUUUGUAAUGUGUAAUCAAUUUGGCGAAGAACUGUAUGCGUAAUUUAAAUCUAGUUAUCUAGUUACGAUACGAUUAUGAUAAGAUUGUAGCGUGGAAACCAUGAAAAAAUCCAGAAGUGUUGGUGCUUCUUCACCUUUAAACGGGAUUGGAAGACAAGAUGGGGACUCUCGGAGGAAGAGGAAGGUAGCGGAGAUCUCUCAGGCCCUGAACGUGACGCCGGUGGAUGUAGCGGUGCUGAGAAGGAUGGCCAUCAGUGAGGGAGGGCUGCUCACAGAUGAGAUCCGCUGUAAAGUGUGGCCCUGGCUGCUCAACGUGCCAACCGAUACCCUUCCUGAGGAACCAGAGGCAGUAGAGAGGGAGAAUAAUAAGGACUAUAACCAGGUGCUGUUGGAUGUUCAGCGUUCCCUUCGGAGAUUCCCUCCUGGCAUGCCAGACGAGCAGCGCGAGGGCCUCCAGGAGGAGCUGAUUGACAUCAUCCUGCGGGUGUUGGGGAGGAACACCCAACUUCACUACUACCAAGGCUACCAUGACAUCGUGGUCACCUUCCUGUUAGUGCUGGGCGAGCGCUUGGCCACUGCUCUGGUAGAGAAGCUUUCCACGCACCACCUCAGGGACUUUAUGGACCCCACCAUGGACAACACUAAACACAUCCUUAACUACCUGAUGCCAAUCAUUGAGAGAGUCAACCCAGAGGUGCAUGACUUCAUGCAGCAGGCCGAGGUGGGCACCAUCUUUGCCCUUAGUUGGCUCAUCACCUGGUUUGGUCACGUCCUGUCAGACUUCCGCCAUGUCGUGCGGUUGUAUGACUUCUUCCUUGCCUGUCAUCCUCUGAUGCCAAUCUACUUUGCUGCUGUGAUCGUGUUGUACCGGGAGGAUGAGGUGUUAGACUGUGAGUGUGACAUGGCAUCAGUGCACCACCUCCUGUCCCAGAUCCCCCAGGACCUGCCCUACGAGACGCUCAUCAGCCGCGCUGGAGACCUCUUCGUCCAGUUUCCCCCGUCGGAGCUUGCUAGGGAGGCAGCCCAGCAGUACAGUCAACAGACCGCGGCCUCGACCUUCAAAGACUUUGAUCUGGCCUCGGAACAGCAGCGGCCUGACUCGGUGCUGCGCCGGCGGCGGAGGGAGAAGCAGGCGCUCGACGGAGCGUCUGCGGGGGCUGUUGUGGCGACGGCCCAACCCACUGCGGCCCGACGCCUCGUCAGACUGGCCGUCAUGGGACUCACAGUGGCCCUGGGGGCUGCCGCCCUCACCCUGGUCAACACCGCCCUGGAGUGGGCGCCCAAACUGGACCUGCAGCUCUUCCCCUGAGAGGGAGGAGGAGACCGGCUUUCUGGGGUGUAGAAGGGCUGAGAGGGACAGACUUAAACAUGGCGGCCAUCACAGCAGACAGUCCACAAGAGAGUAGAGAAAUGUCAUAUGUGUUUUUAUUAAACACUUAUGACUGAUGAGAAUGUCUAUAAUUUAUGUCUAAAUAAAAUAACCGGAUAUUGAUUCAUGUCCUCUUAGAGAGUUUAAAUUAUAUAGGUGAUGGCAAGCGUAGAGACUUGCAUUAAUAGGGUGAAGAAUGGUCACUGGUGUCGAAACGGUCGCCAAUGAACCCUGUUGGUGGCUACCCUUUUCUCUAUGUAGGGCACUGGAUGGGGUGCCAUCUUGGAUGCAGUCCCUGUGCGCAUCGAUGCCUGUGUUUGCGUGUCAAUGCCGUCGAUUUGAGAGGGGAACCUCACUUGGACCAUGUUUGUACACGGGCAGAGCUCCACCCCAGCCUGGUUCCUUCCCCCCGCCAGGUCAUCAUAGUAAAUCAUAACUUCCCGUUUUCCUUUCAUCACUUAUACGAGACCAAAUACUAAGUCCUGUCUUUGUGUUUAGCCUGUCAUUAUGGCAUUUUCUAAGUGUUAAUGUAUUUGUUUGUAUACACACACAACCUGUAGGUAACAUACAGUAAGGUGCACAAGUAUUUAAACAGUGACUUAGUUUUGACUGUUUUCUUAGUUGUGAGGUUAAAAGUGCAGACUAUCAAAUAAUGAAAGAUGUUUCUAAACACUUUGAAAUUACUCUGGAUUAAAUUACUCUCCACCAUGAUUCGUGAUUAUCAUUAAUGUAUUAUAAGGACAAAUGAAAGCUACAAAGGCCUACAUUUCAUUUCGAAAAGGUUAAUCGAACAUAAAUGGAAAUACCGGUAUAAUAAAAGAUGAGUCUGCACUUUAACUUCUUAUUCAUUUUAUCAUUUCAAAUCUAAAGUGCUGGAGUAUGGUGGCCAAAUGAAAACCAUUGUCAUUGACCAAAUACUUUUGAACCUCACUGUACAUUAAAUUAUGGAUGUUUUGUGUAGUUACUGUCCACAGCAUGCAUAUAAUUAGGUUAAGAAUAGGUUAACCUUGUUCCUAGGCUAUUGUGCACAGCAAAUUUGGGCAGAGGUGUUUAGGAACAAGAUUAAGAAAUGGUUAGCUUUGGGUUAAUUUACAAAGAACCUGUCACAGAGAACCCGUUAGUCCUUGCUUGAUCUUAUGCUUUUGCACAAUUAUGAAAAUCUAAUAUAUUGUCCACGUCCUCACAUUUCAGCAGAACUCGCCAUACACACCAAAUGGCCUUGCUGUAGAAAGGUUUUUGCACAUUUAAUUCUUAGCAGGGUUGCUUGACUCUGUUGACUACAUUUGACAUUGUUUUUAUAAUGUGAUACAUUGGACAUGCUCAAAUGUUUUCAACAGAAAUACAAGCAUCGAAAUGUGCAGUCAAAUGAAGGGUGACACAAAGAUACUCAGCUGUGCCUAUUUUGGAUACAAAAACAAUCGUUACAACUUAAUCAGUCUUACUUGUAAUGGAUGGUUUUCGUUGCACUGAACUGGCUGCAUUCUGUAUCAUUGCACUAAAUGUUUUUUUUAUCUGCCUUUUAUGUUGAUUUCUGUUACUGUCAACAGAAAUAAAGUGCUUGCUAGGUUGAGUGGUCAGUUGUAUCCGUUUAGUUCUCUAUUUUGAAAUCAGAAUGUGCAUAUACAGUUUCUUUAGGGUCUUUUUAUGGUUUUUAAUUGGUCUGCUUACAUUUACCAAACUACACAACAAAUUGGAUUGCUAUUUGCUGUUCGCUAACACUUAAUAAUUACAACUUCAAAAUGUAACCAAUGAAAUUUAAAUAUUCUUUCAUUCCAGUUGUCGAAAGGAAAGGACAUCUGUAUGAUUUACAGCAGCACAAUCUACAUUGCAAGGUUUUGGUAUGUUUAUGAUUUGCAGUAUCCUUUGUAUUAAUGUGUUUUAUGAAGAGUCUCAUGGAGACCUUCGUCUCAGUUUACCAAUCAGGAAUAAUUAGCAAAUAUUUAUUUCCAUGUAUGUUCAAAUUAACACUGAAAUAGUUCAAAUAAUGACGGUGCCUUUGGUGUAUGAGCUGUUUUUAAACACACCUGUCUAACAUAGAUGCUGCUCUCUGUUCACACUUCCUCACUCUUCUGAACCAUGAUGUUGCCAAUUGCUGUGUUUGAGAGGAUCAAAACUCUGCAACAUCUGCCUGGUCUCAAUCAUAAUGAAUUCAGUCACAAUAUACCCGUCAUACAUUGCUGUUUUGAUCGUCUCAAACAAGGUUUACGUCUCUGCCUCCUUACUGAACACCAAAUUAAAACCUUGCAACUACAAAAA